UCCCCGGUGCCGUGACAGGCGCGGCUCUCCCCUGCCCCGCGAGCGGGAAGGAGGCACCGCUCAACCGGACCCGCCGCCCGCUCGGCCCCGGCCCCAGCCGCGCUGCUCUCCCCGCCCUGCCGGGCGCCGCAUCAGAGCCCCAAGGCACGAGGAUGGCCAGCCCUAAAGCCACAGGGCUCUCCUGGGAGAUCACUUGGCUUGCUAUUGCUAUCUAUGCUCACUUACAGACAAGAGCAGAGCAAUCCCAAGGUGCAUACUUCUUGCCCGAGUUUGCACUUUCUCCCCAGGGGAGUUUUCUUGAGGAUACUACAGGGGAACAAUUCCUCACUUACCGUUAUGAUGACCAGACCUCCAGAAUUACCCGCUCUGAUGAAGAUAAGGAAGGCUCCUGGGAUGCCUGGGGGGCCUGGAGUGAUUGCUCACGGACCUGUGGGGGAGGAGCCUCUUACUCACUGAGGAGAUGUUUAAAUGGCAGGAACUGUGAAGGUCGGAAUAUACGAUACAAAACCUGCAGUAAUAAUGACUGUCCUUCAGAUGUUGGUGACUUUAGAGCACAGCAGUGUUCAGCCUACAAUGAUGUCAAAUACCAGGGACAUUUUUAUGAGUGGAUCCCUGUGUACAAUGAUCCUACUGCACCGUGUGCUCUGAAAUGUCAAGCUCUGGGAAAGAACUUGAUUGUGGAGCUUGCACCAAAAGUACUAGAUGGUACUCGUUGCAAUGUUGAGUCCUUGGAUAUGUGCAUCAGUGGGAUAUGCCAGGCGGUGGGCUGUGAUCGACAACUUGGGAGCAAUGCCAAGGAAGACAACUGUGGAAUCUGUGCAGGAGAUGGUUCCACAUGCAGACUUGUGAGGGGACAAGCUAAGACACAUGUCUCACCAGAAAAAAGGGAAGAAACUGUGAUUGCAGUACCACAUGGGAGUCGCAGUGUGAGAAUUACCCUGAAAGGACCAGCACACCUUGUUGUAGAGUCAAAGACACUACAAGGAGACAAGGGAGAGCACAGUUUCAGUGCUCCUGGAACAUUUGUCAUAGAAAAUACAACUGUUGAAUUUCAGAAGAGUACAGACAAGGAAAUCAUAAAGAUCCAGGGACCUCUUGGAGCAGAUUUUAUUAUCAAGACCAGGUACUCUGGAUCAAAAGAGAGUGUGGUUCAGUUCUUUUUCUACCAACCCAUCAGUCAUCAGUGGAGACAAACAGAGUUCUUCCCCUGCACAGUGACAUGUGGAGGAGGUUAUCAGCUUAAUUCAGCUGAAUGCUUGGAUAUUCGUCUGAAGCGUGUUGUUCCCGACCACUAUUGUCAUUACUAUCCAGAAAAUAAGAAACCAAAGCCCAAGCUGAAAGAAUGCAACAUGGACCCCUGCCCUUCUAGUGAUGGAUUUAAAGAAAUCAUGCCCUAUGAUCACUUCCAGCCACUUCCUCGAUGGGAACAUAACCCUUGGACUGCAUGUUCAGUUUCUUGUGGAGGUGGUAUUCAGAGGAGAAGUUUUGUGUGUGUAGAGGAGACCAUUCAUGGAGAGAUACUGCAAGUGGAAGAAUGGAAAUGCAUGUAUGCUCCUAAACCCAAAGUCAUUCAAACCUGUAAUCUGUUUGAUUGUCCUAAAUGGGUGGCAAUGGAAUGGUCCCAGUGCACAGUGACCUGUGGCCGAGGCCUGCGUUACCGAGUAGUGCUGUGUAUUGAUCACCGUGGGCAGCAUGUCGGUGGCUGUAAUCCACAACUUAAACUACACAUAAAAGAAGAGUGCAUCGUGCCAAUACCAUGUUACAAGCCAAAAGAAAAAAGUCCUGUGGAAGCAAAGUUGCCAUGGUUUAAACAGGCACAUGAAAUAGAGGAGAUCAGAACAAUCUCAGAAGAGCCAACGUUUAUUCCUGAACCCUGGUCUCCGUGCAGUGUCACCUGUGGCAAUGGUGUACAGGUGCGAGAUGUGAAGUGCCGAAUUCUUCUCACGUUUACUCAGACUGAGGUUGAACUGCCUGAGGAAGAAUGUGAAGAUGUGAAGCCACCAACAGAACAAGUCUGUCACCAGCCAUCUUGUGACAGUGAUCCUGUCCCCAACACACCAGCAUUUUCACAUGCUGAAGAUGGCAGUGUGAUUUAUGACUGGGAGUACAUUGGUUUUACUCCUUGCUCAGCUACAUGUCUUGGAGGAACACAAGAAGCCAUUGCAAUGUGUCUUCAUGUAGAGACGAAACAAGCUGUCAAUGAAACCCUGUGUGACAAUUCCAAGAGACCACCACCAAUGACUCAUACUUGCAACACGAAGCCUUGCCCUCCAAGGUGGCGAAGUGGCUCCUGGAGACGCUGCUCGGCUACGUGUGGGGUUGGGAUCCAGACGAGAGAUGUGUACUGCCAGCAGCCGGGAGGAUCUACUGUUGCUGCUGAACACUGCAAAGACAAAAAGCCUCAUUCUUUACAAGCUUGUAACCAGAUUAAUUGUCCCCCUCUUUGGCAUGUUGAGGAAUGGCAACAGUGUUCACGCACUUGUGGAGGAGGGAUUCAGACACGCAAAGUGUACUGUAAGCAGCUGUUGACAGAUGGAAGUUUCCUGAAACACUCUGAUGACACCUGCCAGGAACCUAAAUUGCCAACUAGUAAACCAUGUGCAAAAGUUGAUUGUCCUCCUCAGCUGGUUGUAGAAGAGUGGUCCAAGUGCUCAGUAAGCUGCGGUGUUGGAAUCCAGAGAAGGAAACUUGCCUGCCAAAAGCUAACAGCAAAGGGCCAACCUGUCACAGUAAAUGGAUCAAUGUGUAGUGGUCCGUCUCCUUCACUUCUUGUAAGGUCUUGUCAGAUGACUGCCUGCAACAGGAUUAAACCAAAGCUUCCAGAAAAGUAUUCUGCUCAAGGACCUCAAAUUGUCAGUAUUCACCGAGUCUAUAUUCAAACAAGACAGGAGAAGCGCAUUAAUUUUACCGUGGGAAGCCGAGCCUAUUUGCUUCCAAAAACAUCUGUUGUAAUCAAGUGCCCAGUACGAAGGUUCCAGAAAUCACUUAUCCGAUGGGAGAAAGAUGGACAACACUUAGAGAACUCUAAAAGACUUGGCAUCACUAAGUCAGGCUCGCUGAAAAUACAUAGUCUUGAAGCUACUGAUAUUGGUGUGUACCGGUGUAUUGCAGGCUCUGCACAUGAAACGUUUGUGCUCAAACUCAUUGGCACUGACAACAGAUUGAUAGAACCACCAAAUCUUAGAAAACAUGUCAGUGAGACCAGUCACACAGAUCACAAUGAGGCCAACAGCUUUGGGGCCAAUUGGCAUAAAAUGAGCAAAAUGUGGCAAAUGUGGAGUAAGAAGAAUGAGCUCUAUCUGGGUGACAGGCAAGUAAAUGAUCAGCCGUUUCUACGGAGUCUUGAGACCUUUGGCAGUAAUUUGGCAGAAGACUUCAGCUCUCGGGAAUUCAAGAAUAAACGACUGGAGGCAGCAGUUCUCCAAGGUGCCUACAGCAUGGACACUGUGCAGUUUGAAGAACUGAUAAGGAAUAUGAGUCAGCUCAUUGAAACUGGAGAAGUCGAUGAUGACUUGGCAUCCCAGGUCAUUUAUCAGUUAGUUGCCGAAUUAUCUAGUCCUCCACAACCAACUACUGAAAAAUGGAAGGGAGCCCAGGAUGAUAAACUUGCCUCAAAACUCACAGGCAAAUCACCUAAUGAAUCUGAACGUUUCAGCACAAAAACUGUUGAUAAGUUAACGUUUGACCAGAAGGUUCCAGUUAUUAUGAGGCAAAAGGAAAUUCCUCGAGUUUCCUUCAACAAAACUGUAACUGUACGAAUUGGAAAUACAGUUUUUCUGACCAGGAAUACUCAUGCUGUCAAUCUAUUGUGUGAAACAGCUGGUAUUAGUGAAGUGAAAUAUACUUGGACAAAAGAUGGCGAGAUAUUAAAAGCCUCUGAGAAGGUAAUCCUGGACACCAUUGGAAAAGUGGAGAUUCGGAAUCCUACUCAAAAUGAACUUGGUACCUAUGGAUGCCUGGCAGUUAAUGAUUAUGGUUUUGAUAUGGAAACAUCUUUGCUAUUGCAGGCAGAGAUUCCUGUCAUCUUGUCCACUGUGUUAAAUGUUACAAAUCUGGAAGCCAGCAGUGUUUCAGCAGUUGUUGGAGGUACCAUUGUGGCAAGAGUUGGAGCAAAUAUUACAGUUGAAUGUCCAGUGAAAGGUGUUCCCCAACCAAAUGUAACAUGGUUUAAGAAGAAAGGCAUUCUACAAAUCAAUUCUUUCUUGGUUUUGAAUGGCUCUUUAUUUCUGAGGAAUGUUUCCUAUGAAGACGCAGGAACGUACACCUGCAGAGCAACUAAUGCUCUUGGAAAGGCUGAAGCUGCAUCUGUUCUCCACUUACCUGAACAAAGAUUUACAGAGAAUAACACUCUGUUAUCAAGGAGCAGCAGAAGAAAGCGUGUCUUAAUGGCAUCUGUAAUUGGUACAAAUGUCAGUGUGGUACGUGGAGAUCCACUAAGAAUAGGUUGCCCAGUGCUGCCCAGCUACAGAAACACAGUUCACUGGUUCUUCAGAGGUAGUCCAAUUGAAGAAGUUAAAGCCUUGGAAUACCGAACCCUGGUUGGAGGUCGUAUCCUAGAGGUGAACACCAACUCUGGUCAAUUUGCUGGACAAUUCCAAUGUUGGACUUCAGCUAGUGCAAAACCAAUGUCAGUUUGGGUAAAUGUCAAGAAGGAAGAUUAUAAGUGGGAGUAUGCUGAGUGGAGUACUUGCUCUGCUAGCUGUGGGAAUUCAGGAACCCGGUCCAGAAGACUACAGUGCAUGAAUGUGGAGAAAGAGAAAGUAAAUGAAUCCUUAUGCAGAGAACUGCAAAAGCCAAUGAUUAUUUACCAGUCAUGCAACACAGAAGACUGCCCUGCCAGGUGGGCAACUACUCCAUGGUCUGAGUGCUCUGCAUCUUGUGGCAGUGGAUUUUGCUAUCGACAAGUAUCUUGUCAACAAGUAAAAGCCAAUGGCAGCGUGGUGGCACUGCGGCCCGAUGCCUGUGUCCACAGAGAUCGUCCUGUGGGAAGGAAGCCCUGUACGGGUCACUUGUGUAAGGUGCCUGGGACAAUACAGACAAAAGAACGGUGUUCUGGUCGCUGCAUAGGUCGCCCUGUAGGUUUACAGCAUCAUCGCUUUACGUGUCAGCUUCGUAAUGGAUCACUGGUGCCAAACUCUUCCUGUGAUGAAAGAAUGAGAUCUCCUGCCAGAAGAAACUGUUCUUCAGAGGCUUGUGAUGUCUAUUGGCGGACUGGCCCUUGGAGGCCUUGCAGUGUGGACUGUGGGAGUGGGUUUCAAUCAAGACGAGUGUACUGUGUACACAGAAAGAAUAACAAACCUGUGGCUGACCAAUAUUGUGGAUGGAGGAAGAGACCAGUGACCUGGCAACACUGCAAUGUCACAUCCUGUGACAGUAUGUAAAUGUUUAUUUAUAUAUGAGCAUAGUAAUAGUUUGUAGCAGUUAUAUUAGAAAGUGACUCACAGUUGUACACUAAUGAUUCUGCAAGCAUUUGAUUGUACAUCAAAGGUAAAACUAUUCUCUCCAAGGAGCACUUCAUAAUCCUGGGGUUAUUUUUCUCUGAGUAGACCAGUUUGAUAUUAAAACCUCAAGAGCAUUUUUAGAAACAAGAUAUUUAGGAAGCUGUUUUAUGCAAACUUCCCUAUGUAGCUGUGCCAGUUGUGACUCACAGUCUCUGGGCAAGCUGUGUACUCCUGAAAGAUGGGGUAGUUUUCUGAAAGAGGCAAUAGGUAAAUGAGUGCAGUGAGAUCACACCUCUUACUUGUGACCUAGUUUAGCUCUCUGCUGCCAGAAAUGCAAAGUAAAAUAAUUACAAAGCUAUCAGGAAAACAUUGUUUACAAUUACAAGUUCUACUAUUUCUCUUUUGUCCAUCAUAAAGCCUUCUAAUGUUUAAAUAUAUUUUUUCAGAAGGCGAAUGCAAGGAUACAGCUCACUACUGUACAUUUGUAAAGCAACUAAAGUUAUGCUUGAAAGAGACUUACAAACAAAGAUGUUGUCAAUCAUGUCAAGAAAUAGAACUCUUCUAUGGAAAGUUCAUGAUGAAGAAAUGAAGAGAGGUUCAUAAAGUAGCCUGCUCACAGUACAUACUUGUUAAUAAAACAUUAGUCAUAACAGCUAAAUGGAAACGUGAGGCUACUGAAAAAACAGCAUUGCAGAUUAAUAUGCAGGGCAGGCUGUUUUUUUCUGGUAAUAUUUGUUAUUCACUCUUUGCAAUGGAACUUCUGACAUUUUAAACCUUGUCAUAUCUGGGUUAGGAAGAUCAUAUCACUGCAUAUCAUUUGUAAAUUUUUACAGGCCGUGACAUUAUAAUUUUAUUAGGGGGAAAAGCAUUAUCUAAAAGCACCAGGUAGUGCUUCCUGCCCUUAACUUCUGAGAAAAACAAAGUCACAAAAGGCUUUGAAGAAGUUUGGAAUGCAGCAGCUAUUUACCUCUAGGUUUUGAUUUUAUCAUUUUACCAAAUUUAACACAAUUUUAAAAUGUAUAGAAGCUCUGGCUUGUAGCUGUUAAAUUUUUGGCAGCAACUCGAUUUUCAUAAACAACUUGAGCUUAAAGUUUAGUCUCAUGGGAUAUGUUUUACUGAUAUUAGCUGCAAGAUGGAUACACAGAAGUACAUUGAAUUUUUCUUGCUUGUAUUUAUGUGUAUGCAGUAAAAGACAUUGUUGAUGCUAGUACAACUUCCAAAACAGCAAUAUGAUUGUUUUGAAUAAAUGAGGUGUCAUUUUCCAUUGUUUCUGUUCUUCUGCUCCAGUCACUGAAGUACAAUCAAAGUUCUGGUAUAAUUAGACUUUUCUACUGACUUUAAAGUAGGCAGAAGGCUUCCUUGUCAGAGCUGUGAAUGAAAUAUUUGUGAGCACUGUUCUCAAGUCAAAUAGGGAGCCCACAACUGGUCAACCACAGCUGUCAGGUUUUCUGUCUUCAAUAAAUAUUUUUUCCUCUCAUUAAUGAGGAAAACUGUUCAAAGAAGAAUUAUUAAUGAUACAGACAAAUACAAGAGAUCUAUUUUGAGCAGUUUUUCAUCAAGAUGACUUCUUAUUGUGACCAUUAACCAUUUGAGUCUUUCCCAAGUUGAUAAAUUCAGAUUGAGGUUCCCAGGUAUAUUAUUUUCCACCUUGCAGGUUGUCUCAUUGGGGCUGUAAGCAGAGAGAACCCCAGGGGGAGCUGCAGAUUGAUGGUGUUUUUCCUUUUGUAGUUUCCAAACUACUGUGCAUAUUGGAGGCCUGAAUGCUUGUGCUGACUUGGAUCUGGUGUUACGUUACUGAGCUACGUUACAUGCUAAUUAGUGGGUAUGCUGUAAGAACAGUUUUAGGAACAGCAUUCCUGCACAAUGGGUUGGCAUCACUGAAAAUUAGAUUAGCACUACUGUAUAGAAAAUUAAUGUGGACUGUUGUGUCCAAGGCUGACUGCAAGGAGAGGAUAUUCCUGAUCAUAACCUUCUUAUUCAGCAAUGGGUCUUGAUUGUUUAAGCAGUUUUGUUUUUUUUAAAUUAAAAGAAAACAUUUGUAAGAUACUUUUGUAGAUAUUUAUUGUCUGAUUUUAAAGUGCAAUAUUUUGUUUUGUACAGUGUUUAAUAAAGAUUUCUGGACAUAUAUUUUUUCUUAUUACCAAAAUUUCUUAUUCCUUUUUUUCCUUUAUAUUUAAAGUUUGGUAAUGUUAACACAUAGCAAAUUUUUUGUUGUUUUUUGUCUUUGGUUAAAUAUGCAUGCUAUACAGAAGCAGCACUGUAAAUGUUUGUUUUUGCAAUUGGCAUGACAUUCCUCUGUAGAUUAUUGCUUCUCCAGUAACUGAAGAUUUUUAG